AUGGCCGACGAGAGCAAAAUGCAUCAAGCCAUAAACGCCACCACAGUGAUCCUCGAAGCAGCCCUGGAAACCUCUGAUCUCAAAGAGUAUGCGUGUGAACUCCUCGGAGCCAAGCACGUGCAGUACGAGCAAGGGCAGCUUGGAUUCUGCUACCUGAUCAAGCUUGGUGCAUAUUACACACUAACCGCUGGUACAUUUAUACUCCAGCAGGGUGUAUGCGAUGAGAAUGGGAACUGCGCGUUUCUGCUGGAGGUCGCACUGAGAAUGGUGGGAGGACUUGUUGGAAGGGCCCUUCCGUCGGUGUGUACGGCCGUGUUUGAGGAGCUCUGGAGCAGUUGUAAUGGGAGCAUUGGUGGCACUGCCCAGAUCUCGAUGACUGGCUCUCAGACCGGAACCUAUCCGAAUGAUUCUGUGGUGACAUGUCCGGCUUGGUCAGCCGGGACGAUCGGCGAGGGAGUGGCCUGGAACUGGAGUGUCUUGCCGAGAUGA